AUGUGCAAGCAACUUUGGAAAUGGGUAACAGGGAGAGGCUGGAACACUUUGGAAGGCUCAGAAGAGGAUAGGAAAAUGUUGGAAAGUUUGGAACUUCCUAGAGACUUGUUGAAUGGCUUUGACCAAAAUGUUAAUAGUGAUAUGGACAAUAAGGUCCAGGCGGAGGUGGUCUCAGAGGGAGAUGAGGAGUUUGUUGGGAAAUGGAGCCAUCCUACAAGCACCCGGACACUCGACAUCAGUGGCGUCAAGACAACUCUAAGAAGGUUUUCCGUCAUCCUGCAAGACCUGUGUUCCAUCCCCGUGAUUCUGCCUUCAAUUUCACUGCACAGGUACCACAGUAAGCCAGUGCUGUGUGCUCCGAGUUCCAGGGCGUCCCCCAGCUCAGCCACUACACUGAGCACAAGGACUCUGUGGGGCCCAGGAGCAGGUAGUCACCCCUUUGGGGUCCACAACACCCGGCUGUCCCCAGACUUGUGUCCAGGGAAGAUAGUGUUGAGGGCCCUCAAGGAGAGCGGGGCAGGGAUGCCUGAGCAGGACAAGGACCCCAGAGUCCAAGAAAAUCCUGAUGAUCAGAGAACGGUCCCCGAGGUCACCGGGGAUGCACGGUCUGCAUUUCGGCCCCUGCGGGACAAUGGAGGCCUCUCUCCCUUUGUGCCCAGGCCCGGGCCUCAGCAGACAGACCUCCAUGCCCAGAGCUCACAAAUCAGAUAUAACCAGACAUCCCAGACCCCCUGGAGGAGCUCGAACACCAAACAAAAUGCCAUCUCCAGCUCCUACAGCUCCACGGGAGGCUUGCCGGGGCUAAAGCAGAGGAGGGGGCCAGCCUCAUCCCGCUGCCAGCUGACCCUCAGUUACUCAAAGACAGUGAGUGAGGACAGGCCUCAGGCUGUCUCUUUGGGUCACACACGGUGUGAAAAGGCGGCAGAUACAGCACCAGGGCAGGCACUCGCCCCAAGGGGUGGCUCCCCCAGAUCCCAGGCCUCUAGGCCCCGUAGACGCAAGAUUCCCCUGCUGCCACGCAGGCGAGGGGAGCCUUUGAUGCUGCCACCUCCCUUAGAGCUGGGGUACCGGGUCACGGCUGAAGACCUGCACCUGGAAAAAGAGGAGGCAUUCCAGUGCAUCAACCGUGCACUGCACGUUGAGGACAAGGCCAUCUCGGACUGCAGACCCUCACGGCCUUCCCACACUUUGUCCUCACUUGCAACAGGGGCUUCGGGUGGGCCUCCCGUUUCUAAAGCACCCACUAUGGAUGCACAGCAGGACAGACCCAAGUCCCAAGACUGCCUGGGCCUAGUGGCCCCCCUAGCAUCUGCUGCAGAGGUCUCCUCUACAGCUCCCGUGUCUGGGAAGAAGCACAGACCACCAGGACCCCUGUUCUCCUCCUCAGAUCCCCUUCUUGCCACCUCUUCCCACUCCCGGGACUCAGCCCAGGUCACCUCGCUGAUUCCUGCCCCCUUCACAGCUGCAAGCAGGGAUGCCAGCAUGAGAAGAACAAGGCCUGGCACCUCGGCUCCUGCAGCUGCAGCAGCAGCCCCUCCCCCCUCCACAUUGAACCCCACGUCGGGGUCACUACUCAAUGCAGUGGAUGGAGGCCCCUCACAUUUCUUGGCCUCAGCCACAGCUGCAGCACGUGCCCAGAGGUCAGAAGUGAGAUAUAACCAGAGAUCCCAGACCUCCCGGACCAGAUCCUGCCUCAAACGAAAUGCCAGCUCCAGCUCCCACAGCUCUACGGAAGGCCUCCCGGAACUAAAGCGGAGGAGGGGGCCAGCCUCAUCCCACUGCCAGCUGGCCCUCAGUUCCUCAAACACAGUGAGUGAGGACGGACCUCAGGCUGUCUCUUCGGGUCACACCCGCUGUGAAAAGGCAGAUACAGCACCAGGGCAGACACUCGCCCCCAGGGGUGGCUCCCCCAGAUCCCAGGCCUCUAGGCCCCGCAUCAACAGUGCACUGCACGUUGAGGACAAGGCCAUCUCGGACUGCAGACCCUCACGGCCUUCCCACACUUUGUCCUCACUUGCAACAGGGGCUUCGGGUGGGCCUCCCGUUUCUAAAGCACCCACUAUGGAUGCACAGCAGGACAGACCCAAGUCCCAAGACUGCCUGGGCCUAGUGGCCCCCCUAGUAUCUGCUGCAGAGGUCUCCUCUACAGCUCCCGUGUCUGGGAAGAAGCACAGACCACCAGGACCCCUGUUCUCCUCCUCAGAUCCCCUUCUUGCCACCUCUUCCCACUCCCGGGACUCAGCCCAGGUCACCUCGCUGAUUCCUGCCCCCUUCACACCUGCAAGCAGGGAUGCCGGCAUGAGAAGAAUGUUUUGUGUUCGAAAUUGUUUGAGGGGUUUGGGUUUAUUUUUGUUGGUUUUUUCUUUUUUUUUUUUUUUGGCUUAUACGGGCAUCCUUCAGCUUUUAAUAAUCUGAAAAAUUCUAUUUACCCAUUGUCAAUGUGUAUGAAUUAAUCUGAGUCAAUUUUAUACAAUAAAAGGUGAACUUUUAUGCAUGAAACAAUAAUUUAACAAAAAAUGUACCGGAAGAAGAAUGUGCAUUACAAAUAUAGGAAACAUAAAUAUUACCAAAUAUUGGCAAGCACUAAAAUGUUCAGAAAUGUAAGUCUAUUACAGUUAUAGCUCUCUCAAGCAAAAAAUGGCAGAGAAAAACUUAGUUUACCUUGGGGGCUAUUUAUUUACUUAGGGAUUUGUUAAAAGGUCAAAUGGGGUCACACAGAAUACUAAGAAGAGCUGUUCACCCAGGCCUCACUAAGAACUCUUCUUCAUUCAGUAGCUAUAUAGUAAUAUGACAACUGCUCCUACGACCCAAAGAGGAACUACAGCAACUACUCUUUAGCAUCUGUUGCUCCCAACUCUGCUUUGCAAUUAUAUGACUCAAGCAUUCUGGCUCCGUUAACUAUUACUUCUGUUACUCCCAAUUAAAUUUCCUCUAACCCUCCCACUCUGCCUAUUUAAGCUCUCUGCUGCCUCAUGACUUCAAUUCCAUCAGAGUUAUGCAUUGUUUCCUCUGUACAUCUUUGCUCUGCUUCCAUUGCUAAUUCCCUAGUAAAGUGUUGUAUAUUCAAAGUUCCAAAGAAACAGAAUAUCCAAGACAUCACCAAUCAUCCAAAACACAGUGUAGGAGGCCACAGUUAAGAGAAGCAAGACCAUUAGCUCUUUUUAUAGGCUGGAGAACAACAGGAUGCUUUGGUCCUGUAUCAGCAGGAUGCUUUUCGGGUAGAUGCUACUGCCACCCUACUAUCGCGUAGAUCCUACUGCCACCCUAGCUAUGGGCACAUGUCAGAGUCCCAUGUAAUAAAGGAGACAAAAGGAAACCACCACGAGUAUAAACUAAGAAAAGUACACCAAGGUUUCUAAGAAUGGAGCUGUAUAACUCACUGUGCCCCAUUUGUUACUUCUCCACGGUACUUACCACCACCUAUUAUAUAUAUUUUGUUUGUAGUCAGUCUUCCCUCAUUAGAAUGAAAGUUCCGUGAGGAUAGGACUAUACAGUCAGCCCUCAGUAUCCAUGGGGGACUAGUUUCAGGAUCUCCUGAGGAUAACAAAGGAUACUCAAGUCCCUGACAUAAAAUGACAUAGUAUUUGCACAUCACCUUUGCACAUCCUCCCAUAAACUUCAUAUCAACUCUAGAUCACUCAUAAUAUCCGAUGUAAAUGUCACGCAAAUAGUUAUUGUACUAUAUUGUGUAAGGAAUAAGGACAAGAAAAAAGUCUGUACAUGCUCAGUACAGAUGCCAUUUUUUCCCCCAAUAUUUCCAAUCCUUGGUUGGCUUAAUAAACAGAUGUAGAACCCAGGAAUAAGUUCUGGUGUCCUAUUGCAUAGUAGGAUGAGUAUACUUAACAAUAACAUAUUAUAUAUUUGAAAAUAGCCAGAGGAGUAGAUUUUGAAUUUUCUCCCUACAGAAAAAUCAUUAUGCAAAUUACCCUGAUUUGAUCAUUACACAUUGAGUACAUGUAUUAAAACAUCACAUUGUACCCCAUAUAUAUGUACAAUUAUUAUGUGUCAAUAAAAAUUUAAUGUCAAUAUGUGAAAUAAAAUGAAAAAAUAAAAAAUUUUAAAGCUGUAAUUAUCUCCAUCUGGUAGGAAUACAUAUAAUCUUAAAUAAAAAAUAUAUUUGUAAUUGUUAGGACAAAAUAGAUUAUAGAUUAUUUUAAGUUUGCAACUUAUAAAUUACAAAAUUCUCACAGAACCUGAAAAAUUAUAGGUAUUGUUAAAUAUUUUAAAAGCUGUCCUUGGAGAGAAAGAAACCUAUCAGAUUUACAUCAACAAGUGCAAUAUAUCAGCCGAUUACCAU